AAUUCGGAACAAUUACCAAAAAACUAAAUUUUUUUUUGUAUGGCAACACUCGAUCGUCCAUCUUUCUUUUUUCCCAACUUCGUUACCGCGUGCACGUCAUUUCGUAAAAGGGAUACUAAAUCAAAAUGACCAACUCAAAGGGUUAUCGUCGCGGCACCAGGGACAUGUUCUCUCGUCCCUUCCGCAAGCACGGUGUCAUUCCAUUGUCCACCUACAUGCGUGUCUUCAAAAAUGGCGACAUCGUUGACAUCAAGGGACACGGAGCCGUCCAAAAGGGUAUGCCCUACAAGGCCUACCACGGCAAGACCGGACGCAUCUACAAUGUGACACCACAUGCCGUUGGUGUGAUUGUAAACAAACGUGUCCGUGGACGCAUCAUUCCCAAGAGAAUUAAUGUUCGUGUUGAACAUGUCCAUCACUCAAAGUGCCGUGAGGAUUUCUUGCGUCGUGUCAAGGAAAACGAACGUCUAUUGAAGGAUGCUAAAGCUAAGGGCGUGUAUGUUAACUUGAAACGUCAGCCAACACCUCCCAAGAAGUCUCACUUCGUCAAGAAAUUGGAAGAACCAAUUGCAUUGGCUCCAAUUCCAUAUGAAUUCAUUGCCUAAGAAGUGUGUUGUGUAGGAAGAGAAUUAGAGAGGGACGUUGUAAAGUAAUAAAAAACUUUUUAUUUAAAAAA